AUGGCCGAGUGGCUGGGGAAACUGGCUGACAAUACCCAAAAGGGAAACACCUCCAGCACUGUUCCAGGGCUUGCAUUGCCCAAGUCCACCGAACUGAACGUGAGAGGGGCAAAGUGUCAGCCGAAGUACCGCGCCAACAAUCGAAUGAGGUUCGGAGGGUGCCUGCCACACAUCCCCGCCGUACCCUCGCCUCCCCCCCUUUCCCCGGACCGCUCCGACAGCCCCGGCUCCCGACCCGUGCUCUGGCCGAUCAAGCGAGUUGGGCCUUGGCUGGCCUACGAACCGGGCGUGGCGGGCAUGGUUCUAGACCAGGGAACUUUUCGCGAACGACCAGCCCAGGUGAGACGAGGAGAGGCGAACGAGCAUGGUGCGGGCCGCGUCAGCUAG